AUGAGAAACACGCCAUACCAUGCAAUGGCAAAAUGGCUAGCAGACAAGCUGAAACCCAUGCAGAGUCAAAUAGCGCCUCACAGCCUCCGAGACACCUUUGAAUUCGUGGACGGCGUGAAGGACCUCGACCUGAUUGGGCUGAUGAUGUUCUCACUGGAUGUCUCGUCUCUGUUCCCGAAGGUGCCGGUCAAAGAAACAGUAGACAACAUCUGUGAAUUCAGUACCUUGAAUCAGCAGGACAUACUUUUGCUGGUACCUGCACUGAAAGAACUACCGCUACAAUGUACCUUGAAUGUGUUGUAA